AUUCCGUCGAGGUAGGCACGGUCGAGUAUCGCAUAUACCGUUCCUCCUCGUAGGCAUUCCAAGCGGGAAUUCUCGAAAGCCAGUUGUGUUGUAGAAACCGUGGUGCGGCUUGCCCGCUCGCCGGUACUUUCGACCGGUCGUAAAGCCGUCGGUUUCGCAGCUCCGUUCCGGCCGCUUUCAGUAACACGGAAUUUCGCCACGAAAACGGACGCGAUCGUUUUCGUCUAUCCUGGACUAUCGGAGUCGCGGACCAUCCGAAGGCCCCACUGGCGAGCCGUAACAUAAAAUUCUGAGUUCCGCUGCGCGAGCCGGUCACAAUGGAUGUCGAAACCGGGGCCAUUUUGGCCCUACAGAUAUUGGCUCUGUGCUCGAUAGUCGCAGCCUUGUUGGCCUAUCUGAUGCGACAGUCCAGGAAUGCUGCCGACGAGUACGAGUCGCGCAACAAACGUCACGUACUCGUUACCAGCUGUGAUACAUGCGUAGGCUUGCAGAUCGCCCUUGCACUCUACGAAGCCGGUUACAAGGUGUUCGCGGGUCUGCUGGACCCGACGGGCAGUUCGCCGUCGGUCAAAAUCCUGAAGGCAAUCGAGCUAGAGCGGCAGAAAGAGGGCGAAUCUGGCGGCGACCCGCAGCAACCGGAAGCCACACGUGCCCGCGGUCAAAUCGUGCCAUUGGAGCUGGACCCGACGAGGGAGGACAGUUUGCGUGCUUGUUUGGAUGCUGUCAGGGCGAAACUUCCGGCCGGCGAAGAUGGUCUCUGGGCAGUCGUGCACACGGGUGGCUUGGUUUUACCAGGUAUCAUAGAAAAACAGACCAGUUCAAUGUGGGAGUCUAUGCUGCGUCAUAAUUUAGUUGCUCCGCUAAGAACAGCCAGAGUGUUCAUCCCUCUUUUGCGCAUCAAGAGAGGCCGCAUCGUUCUUUUGGGCGACUCCGAGACGAGCUACGGCAGCAAGGCGGGCUCCGGACUGGUGGCGUUCAGCGCAUCCCGAAAAGCCGUGGAAGGUGUCGCGGAGGCGUUAAAAAGCGAAUUACAUUCAUCGGGCGUCGACGUCGUACUUCUCAAACCGCCGCCCGUGAAUCCCCUCGUUCUUUAUGCAUCGCCCGUUCUCAAGACGUAAGACGCUACCCAACCAUCAGUUUAUGAUGCCUUGUUUCCGCGGGCUAACAAAGAUGUUAAGUCGGCAGUAGGCAUCCCGCCCGACCACUUUGCCGAAAGUUUUGCAAGUCGCUCGACAGUUUCGCUCUCUUCCAAAGACGCUCCCAUCUUUCCUCCUUCUUUCUUUCCAGCGCGAUCUCCUCGUUAAUGAUAUUAAUUUCCAAUCUUAGAAAUUGGGCCAUAAUUUCGUAUUCAGAACCAUUGCUCUUUGACCAUUUACUUUUACUUAGAAGCGUAAUGAUGGAAGAAUGAUAAAGGAUAUCAUUUUCUGUUACUAAUCUAAUUUUGAUAAGCGAUAAAAAAUGUGAUCUCAUCUUUAGAAUUAAAUUACUUAAAUAAUUCAAUUAGGUUACCACAUCGAUGUGUAUGUGCGUGUCAGAGAGAGAGAGAGAGAGAGAGAGAGAGAG